GAAAAUGAAAAUUACUGUGUUCCCUAUUUAAUGGCCUUGCUUAGAAAGCAUGGCAUCAGAGAACCUACCUCAAGGUUCCACCAGACGCCGUCUCAGCCAGGCCAGCAGCAGCCUCAUCUUCCCCAUGGCCUUCGUGCUCUCUCUACUGAUGGCCCUGGUGCUGGUCAGCUAUGGCCCGGGAGGAUCCCUGGGCUGUGACCUGUCUCAGAACCACGUGCUGGUUGGCAGGCAGAACCUCAGGCUCCUGGGCCAAAUGAGGAGACUCUCCCCUCGCUUCUGUCUGCAGGACAGAAAAGACUUCGCUUUCCCCCAGGAGAUGGUGGAGGGCAGCCAGCUCCAGGAGCCCCAGGCCUUCUCCGUGCUCCACGAGAUGCUCCAGCAGACCUUCAACCUCUUCCACACAGAGCAGUCCUCUGCUGCCUGGGACACCACCCUCCUGGAGCAGCUCCACACUGGACUCCAUCAGCAGCUGGACGACCUGGACGCCUGCCUGGGGCAGGUGACAGGAGAGGAAGACUCUGCCCUGGGAAGGACGGGCCCCACACUGGCCGUGAAGAGGUACUUCCAGGGCAUCCAUGUCUACCUGAAAGAGAAGGAAUACAGUGACUGCGCCUGGGAAAUUGUCAGACUGGAAAUCGUGAGAUCCUUGUCUUCAUCAACCAGCUUGCAAGAAAGGUUAAGAAUGAUGGAUGGAGACCUGAACUCACCUUGA